AUGGCAAAACCUUAUGUGAAAUCCAAGGAGGUGACAGAGUUGGUCAACACACCAUCUUGGAUGGACAAAGGUCUGAGCUCUCAGAAUGAGAUGAAGGAGGAGGAAAGAAGACCAGCUGCUUAUGGGAUGCUUGGAAGCUUAGCUGAAGAGCAUGACAGUAUUGAGGAGGAAGAAGAGGAGGAAGAGGAUGGGGAGAAGCCUAAGAGAAGGGGUCCCAAGAAAAAGAAGAUGACAAAAGCUCGCCUUGAGAGAUUCAGGGCCCGAAGAGUUAAGGCCAAUGCUAGAGAGCGGACCCGGAUGCACGGCUUGAAUGAUGCCCUGGACAACCUGAGGAGAGUCAUGCCAUGUUACUCAAAGACCCAAAAGCUCUCCAAGAUAGAGACUCUAAGACUGGCCAGGAACUAUAUUUGGGCUUUGUCUGAGGUCCUGGAAACUGGACAGACACCUGAAGGGAAGGGCUUUGUGGAGAUGCUCUGCAAAGGUCUGUCUCAGCCCACAAGCAACCUGGUGGCUGGAUGCCUCCAGCUAGGCCCUCAGUCUGUCCUUCUGGAGAAGCAUGAGGAGAAAUCUCCUAUUUGUGACUCUGCCAUUUCUGUCCAUAACUUCAACUAUCAGUCUCCUGGGCUCCCCAGUCCUCCUUAUGGCCAUAUGGAAACACAUCUUAUUAAUCUCAAACCCCCAGUAUUCAAGAGUUUGGGAGAAUCAUCCUUUGGGAGCCAUCCACCUGACUGCAGUACACCACCUUAUGAGGGCCCACUCACUCCACCUUUGAGCAUCAGUGGGAACUUCUCCUUGAAGCAGGAUGGCUCUCCUGACCUAGAUAAAUCCUACAGCUUCAUGCCACAUUACCCCUCUGCAAGUCUAAACUCAGGGCAUGUGCAUUCAACUCCAUUUCAGGCUGCUACACCUCGCUAUGAUGUUCCCAUAGAUAUGUCCUAUGAUUCCUACCCCCACCAUGGCAUUGGGGCCCAACUUAAUACAAUCUUUACUGAUUAG